AUGAAGGGCCUCUCAAAACUCACGAGCUAUUGCAAGCUCUUGGUGGCUUGCAACCCAUCUAGACGUGAAAUUGGCAUGCUAGUCGUGGGAUUCUUCAGUGCAAUUGCAUCUGGUGUCCCGUUUCCCAUCAUUGGUAUUGUCUUUGGUUCAUUGCUUGACGAUUUCAACUCUGCCACUUGCGCCGCCAAGGAUGGAACCGCUACUGCCUCUUCCGAGUCCUCCGACCAAGGCUCUAUCAACAGCGAAAUUCUCCUGAUCGUCUACCUAGCCAUCGCGCAAUUCUUCACUAUCUAUAUCCACCUGACAUGUUGGACUAUGACUGGCGCACGAUUGGCGCAAAGACUCCGCGAGAGCUACUUGAAAAACUUGCUCCGACAGGAGCCGUCAUACUUCGAUAACCUACCUCCCGGUGAGGUCGCUUCGCGUCUCAAUAGCGAUAUUCAAACCAUUCGUUCCGGUACAUCUGAGAAAGUCGGAAUUGUCCUCUCGGCAAUCUCAUUCUUCAUCACCGCGUAUAUCGUUGCCUUUAUCAAGGACUGGAGACUUGCCUGCAUGCUGCUAUCGUUGAUUCCGGCCUAUAUGUUGAUGUCGUUCGUUGGCAGCCAUUAUAUUGAAAAGUACUCCGGACUUAUGUCUGAUCAUGCGGCUACCGCUGCAUCGAUUGCCUCUGAGGCCCUAUCCAACACUGUCGUGGUGCAGGCCUUUGGUGCCAAUACUCGUCUGGAGGAAAAGUUUUCUAAGGCGCUCAAGCUCUCGGAAAAGGAAGGCCUCAAAAAGGCUGUGGUGGUUGGCAUCCAGUCUGGUGUGCUCUACUUUGUUGCUUACGGUGCGAACGGCUUGGCCUUCUGGCAAGGCGCCAAGUCGGUAGCCAAGUCUGUGGCAACUGGAACUUCGGGUGUCACUGUCGGUGCAACAUUCACUGUCAUCUUUGUCCUGAUCGAAGCUACUUUGCUGUUCAGUCAAGUAUCGCCAUUCCUGCAUCUGUUCGUCCAAGCUACUGCUUCAUACUCUAAGUUGCGCGAGGAUCUUGAGCGCGUGCCCCAAAUCGAUGGUACCUCUGAUUCUGGUAUUCGCAUGACUCAAGCCGAAGGUGGUUUCGAGUUCAAGAACGUAUCUUUUACUUAUCCCUCUCGUCCUGAGAUCACCGUUCUCGAUAACAUCAGUUUGAGCAUCCCAGCCAACAAGCACACUGCUCUGGUCGGUCUCUCUGGAAGUGGAAAGUCCACAAUCGCAGGCCUAAUUACAAGACUGUACGACCCCAACUCGGGUCAGAUUACCUUUGAUGGCCAUGAUAUCCAGGAAGUCAAUGUAAAGGACCUGAGAAGUUUCCUGAGCUUGGUGCAACAGGAACCUUCUCUCCUUGACCGCUCUCUUUUGGAAAACAUCGCACACGGCUUGAUCAACUCCAGCAACCCAAGACAUGCCCACCUCAAGGAGGUUUUCAUCCGCCCUGACUUGGAAGAGCUUGCAACCGAUCUGCGUAAGGGUAAAGAUCUUAUGACUGAAGCCGAGAAGCUCGGCUCUGAUGUUGUUGAGAUUGUGGAAUUGGUUAAGAAGGCUACAGUACUCGCUGAUGCCGAUGGCUUUAUCUCACGCCUGCAGUAUGGACUUGGCACGGUCGUUGGAUCUAGUGGAAGAUUGAUCAGCGGCGGUCAGAAGCAACGUAUCUCUCUCGCUCGGGCUCUUAUCCGUGAUCCUGCCGUUCUCAUCCUCGAUGAGGCAACAGCUUCUCUGGAUUCACACAGUGAACAGCGCAUUCAAAAUGCCAUCAACAACAUCGCAACCGGCCGAACUGUUGUCACCAUCGCUCAUCGACUGUCGACCAUUACUGGAGCGGACAACAUUAUCGUUAUGCACAAGGGCAACAUUUUGGAACAGGGCAACCAUGCCGAACUGAUGGCCAAGGAUGGAACAUAUGCCGAACUCGUCAAAUUGCAGACUCUCAGUAGCACACCAGACAAGAACGAAACCACGAUCAGCGUGGAGACUGCCAGCAAAUCCGAUCGAAGCUCCGUGACAGCUACCGAUAUUGAGAAGGUUGAGUCGUCCAGCUCUGCUCUUGAAAAUGUCAAGGAGAAGGUCCCCACAACCGAGGAAACCCCGGUCGGUGAUUCUGGAGAUGAAGCCGAGGAAGAAGAUGAGCUUCCGGCCCCUAGGAAGUCCCUGUGGGCUCUCUGCAAGGGCUUUGCCCCCACUCUGCGCCCCCAUAUGCUCGUCAUCGUCCUUGCCCUACUUGGUUCGGUCAUUGUCGGAGGAGCUUUCUCUGGCGAGGCUGUCAUCUUUGGAAACACUGUCGGUAGUCUUGAUCCUUGCAACAGUGCGGCCUACAUUCGAACCCAGGGUGACUUCUAUGCUCUCAUGUUCUUUGUUCUGGCCAUCAUUGAGUUCUUCGCCAACGUCGUCAGUUGGGCUGGAUUUGGUUGGGUGUCAGAGAAGGUUGUAUACACUGUUCGAGUUCUGUCUUUCCGAUCUUUGUUCGAGCAGGAUCUCCAAUGGCACCAGUCGAAUGGACGUACUCCCCCCUUGCUUCUUUCCUACAUCACCAGAGAUGGUAACGCUCUUGCUGGCUUGAGUGGUUCCAUCAUUGGUACUUUGUUCUCUAUUACCGUUAACCUCUUCGCCGCUAUCAUCUUGACACAUAUCAUCGCCUGGAAGAUCGCUUUGGUCUGUCUUGCACUGGUUCCCCUCCUCUUGGGUGCUGGUUUCAUGGAGCUCCUCAUUCUCGGUCGAUUUGAAGAGCGCCAUGAGAACGCCUACGCUCUAUCUGUGGACAUUGGUGUUGAGGCAAUUUCCAACAUCAAGACCAUUGCCUCCCUUUCUCUCGAAGACCAGACUCUCAAGACUUACCGCAAGUCUCUCCGGGGUCCUCGCAAGGAAACCCUUAAUGUUACCCUGCAAGCGAGCGCCUGGCAGUCGACCACUUACUUCCUCGGUAACUGUGUCAAUGCUUUGGCAUACUGGUGGGGUGCCAAACAGAUUAUCAACGGAACUUACACCCAGACUCAAUUCCUGAUUGUCGUUUUCUCCCUUCUUGUCAGUGCUCUUCUGUGGAGUCAAAUGUUCGCCCUUGCACCGGAACUUUCCCAAGCUCGGGCUGCCAUGGCCAGAAUCCUGGAUCUCAUUGAACAGGGUUCGGAUAAAAUGCGUGGUCGUGUUCCUACCCACGCGCCCAAUGUCGCCCCAACAGAUGGAGAUGACGAGUCAUCUAUCGAGCCCAAGGCGAUCCAGUCUGACUCGGUCGCGUCGAGUGUUCAGCUCCGCGAUGUUCACUUCGCCUACCCUGCUCGCCCGGAUAUGAAGGUGCUGAACGGUCUGUCCGUCGAUAUCAAGCCUGGCCAGUUCUGCGCCCUAGUGGGUCCCAGUGGUGCAGGUAAAUCGACCAUCAUCUCCCUCGCCGAACGCCUCUACGUCCCGGAGUCUGGAUCGAUUUUGAUCGACGGUCUUGAUGUGACAAAGACCCGCGACCCCUCUUUUCGCGAUAACAUUUCGCUGGUUCCCCAGGAGAGUGUCCUGUUUGAGGGUACUGUCGAGUUCAACAUUGGUCUCGGUGCCAAGCCCGGCAAGGAUGCAACUCACGAGGACAUCGUCGAAGCUUGCAAGCUUGCCAACAUCCAUGAGACCAUUGAAUCACUACCCGAAGGCUACAACACCAUGUGUGGACCAAACGGUAACCAGUUCUCUGGUGGUCAGAAGCAGAGAUUGUCCAUUGCGCGUGCGCUGGUUCGCAAGCCUAAGCUGUUGAUUCUGGAUGAAUCGACCAGUGCUUUGGACGCUGAGUCUGAGAAGCUCCUUCAAGAUGGUCUUAGCAAGGCUGCUAAGGGUAUCACUGUCAUUGCGAUCGCUCAUCGUUUGCAUACCAUUCGGAAGGCUGAUGUCAUUUUCUUGAUUGAUGGUGGAAGAUGCACCGAUCGUGGAUCGCACGAGGAGCUGCUUGAGAGAUCCGAGAGUUAUCGGGCCAAUGUCAUGCACCAAACUGUGGCGACUUAA